AUGGUUUGCGAUAAAUGUAAAACGAAACUGACGAAGCUUAUCGGCGUUGAUCCCUACCGAAACAAGCCCCACAAUAAACCCGUUGGCGUUACCAAAAACAAAGCCACUGGUCUUCAAAAUAAAUGGCUCGGCAGCGAAAAGAAAGCCGGCAUCGUUGGUGUGAAAUGCAAGAUUUGUAAGCAAAGUUUACAUCAGGUGGGAUCGCACUAUUGCCAGAAUUGUGCCUUUCAAAAGGGAAUUUGCGCGAUGUGCGGCAAGAAAAUAACCGAUGUUUCAAUGUCACGGCAAACCGUGGUU